AUGGGUUGCCUGCUCUGUGACAGAGAUAAAACACAAGUGAGGCUGUUGUACAUGGCACAAACCAUGUCUGCUUUAGCACAAAUUCUUCAGAGUUUUACGUACACCAGUCCGUGUGUACAUUUCACUACAGACGUAUCGGCUUUACUCGACAUCCGCUGCACGGGCGCGGUCAUUCCCGGCGGCGGCAGUGUUCCGGCGGCUCCUGUUCAGCCGGGCGCCCGCGCCUGCUGCGCUGCCGGGCCUUCACGGAGCGGGCGCCUCCCGUGGCGGGCAGCGCACCGCCCCCUCGCCGCCCCCUCGCCACCCCUCGCUACGCCCGGCCGAAGUGCAGCCGCGCCGCCCCCCGCCCCUCUGCCGCGCAGUGCGGUCCCGGCCGUCGGCCUGCUGCUGGGGGGAGAGCUGGCAACGCCGCCCCGUGACGUCAGCGCCGGCUGCCGCUGCGGCUCUCAGCUGUGUGCGCCGCCCGCCCGCCUCAGUCCUGACAGAGAAGGCAGGCGGGCGGCAGCCAGGGGCGCAGAGGCGUCCGCUGGAGCACCCGAGGGAGACAGGUGGGCGGCUCAGUUAAUGGGAGGCGCCGGGCGCUUCGGUGGGCCCCGCCCCGUGGCUCAGCGCCGGCCGCUUGCAGGUGGGAAGCAGAGGCCGCCAGCUGCCGCCGCAGUGCCGCUCGUUCUGGCCGGCGCGGCUGGGCAGCCAGGGCGCCGUCUCCAGAGCGAGGCGAGCCGGCUCUCUGGGCUGGCCAAAUUCCAGAGCCGGUACUGCGUGAGCAGACCACAGCCCCCUGUGAGAGGCUGGCUACAGUUGGUACCUGCCGCCCUCUCAGCAGUUGGCAGCACUGGUAGCGUGGCAGUCCCUGCGCCUUCUGUUGUCUGA